CCCAAUUGAACAAGGGUUCCUAAGCUUCUCUAGAGCAAUAGAAAUGGCAGAAACUGCGGCAUCUCUUUUCUCCUGGAGCCUCUGAAGUGAAGCUUGCUCCUUAGCAAUAACAGCUGCUUGAGGCUUCUCCAACAUUUCUGUAGAUUGAACAAUUUUUGUCUCAAACUCCUUCUCUUGGUCUUCCAGUUCAGUGAAACGCCUCUUCAAGGACUUCUGAAGCCCAUGAAAGUGUUCUUCAAGUUGCUUCCAUUGCAGGUGGAGAGUAACAGCACAGUGACUUUCCAACUCAGCCCUUCAGCUUCACGCCUUCACCGCUUCACGCCGCAAUCAGCUUCACUGCUUCACUCCGCUUUCACCUUCACCGCUUCACGCCGCCAUCCGCUUCACGCCGCCAUCCGCUUCACUUGAAGUUGAGCCGUGAAUUCUGAAUGGGAUUGGGAGAACCUUCAAGAACUUCAACCAAUGCCGGAAACAGUGACGGCGGUGGCGCCUCCACUUCCGGCACCAUCAAGAGGUUUCCGCUGGCGGCGCAGCCGGAGAUUAUGAGGGCCGCCGAGAAAGAUGACCAGUACGCCUCCUUUGUCUAUGAAGCUUGCCGCGAUGCUUUUCGUCAACUCUUCGGUACAAGAGUCGCUGGAGCUUACCAGAAUGAGGCAAAACUCUUAGGGCAGAUGCUCUAUUAUAUGUUGACAACGGGUGCAGGGAAGCAAACAUUAGGAGAAGAAUACUGCGACAUCACUCAGGUUGCAGGACCAUAUGGACUUGCCCCAACACCUGCAAGACGUGCUCUUUUUAUUUUCUAUCAGUCAGCUGUUCCAUAUAUUGCAGAAAGAGUCAGUUCUAGAGCAGCUUACCAUGGCAUCACCCUGACUGAUUCAAUAACGGACUAUCCAUUUGGGGAUGAUCCUACUUCAAGCAACGAAGCUGAGGCGUCACCUACUUUUGAGAUACACUCAUCUUCAGCAUCCACUCCAUCAAUUUCAGCUCUUUCAAGAUUGAAAGCCAAGAUAAGGGAUUUCUGGUUGUAUGCAGUUCGAAGGUGGCCUUCGGUGCUUCCUCUUGCUCGUGAGAUCUUGCAAUUGGUUAUCCGGACCAAUCUCAUGUUCUUCUAUUUUGAAGGACUUUAUUAUCAUAUAUCAAAACGUGCUGCGGGCAUUCACUAUGUGUUCAUUGGAAAACCCAUGAACCAACGACCUAGAUAUCAAAUACUAGGGGUCUUCCUUCUAAUUCAAUUAUGUAUUCUUGCUGCUGAAGGUCUGAGACGUAGUAAUUUGUCAUCCGUUUCAACUUCUGCUCAACAAGCACCCUUUGGAACCUAUCAAACUUCUGCAGGCCGAGGUUUACCUGUUUUAAAUGAGGAAGGCACUCUAAUAACUGCUGAAACUGAGAAGUAUGGAUUGGUUGCUGAAUCCACAUCAACCUCAGAGUCUCAACGAAACAGUCCAAGCAAAUGCACGCUUUGCCUAAGCAGCCGCCAACAUCCAACAGCCACACCUUGUGGUCAUGUAUUUUGCUGGAACUGCAUAAUGGAAUGGUGCAACGAAAAGCCUGAAUGUCCCCUUUGUCGUUCUCCCGUAACACAUUCAAGCUUGGUUUGUCUGUAUCAUUCAGAUUUUUAGUCAUGGAUAGGUGAAAUAUUGCAAAAAGAUAACUGCAAAUAAAUCAUGAAGGACAGGUCUGUUCCAAAUGUGUCAGAAAAUAUUCAGUAGUGAACUUCAUGUGAGAUCCUGUUUCCUUUUCUGUUGCUCACACACAACUCUGGAAGUGCCGUUGGGGUAAAAUGGUGGUUGUGAGCUGUGUAAGUAAGGAGAUUUUUGCAACUAAUUUACCAGAGUUAAUGAGAAACAUUGGUGCCAUGCAUAGUGGUGGUGUAGCAGUUCAUUUUAUCGAAAGCAAGCACAUAACUUUACACGACAGCCUACUUGUCUUGCACUGAGCAACAGCCAUUAGAUUUUCCUUCACAGGAAGGCUGUUCUGGAUAUUAUCAAUUUUAUAUGUGCUUUGGGAAUGGAUCAAUCACUCAGAUUUUUGUGAUGUAAUACAAGAAUUUGCACUCA